AUGGCCAUCGAACCCUACACCUACGCUGAUUUAGGGAUUCAGACAUCGCGCCACACCAAUUCCCCAAUACUACAAUACUCCCUCUCUUAUCAACGCGUUGUCAACCAAAAAGAAAGCGGGAGGAAGACUGGAAUCGGGAAUGACCGGGCGUGCGAGAGUGUCGACUUCCAAGGCGCAAUUAAAUCUUCAACGAUCGGCUAUGGAAAAUCGAAACGUUUUCUCCGGAUUCUAAGAACUACACCACAGGCGAAGACAAGAUCACUUGAAGAAGCAUUAAUCCCACAAAAUCGUUGUCUUUAUUUGUAUCUAAAAAUUUCAAAUGAAAAUGUUGAUUUUGAUGAUGAAAAUAUUAAUAAUGAAGAUGUUAAUGUCAAUAAUGAAAAUGUUAACAUUUCAAAUGAGAAUGAGAAUGAAAAUGUCAUGAAUGAUAACAAUGAACAAUUUAUUCCACCUUUAGAUAUAUAUGAUCCUAGUAAUUUGGAAAAUCUUGACAAUAACUUAAGAGAUAUUUUGAUUGAAAAAGUGGCAAUAAGAGAAUCAAAUUUUGUAUAUCCUAAAGAUAAUCUAUCUAAACAUUUUUCUUAUGCUUCUUAUACUAGAAAGUUAAGUAAUGCGAAUGAUGGAUUUAAUGAUUGGAAACAUUUAUUUGAUAGACUUAAAGAACAUGAAAAUAGUUCCCAACAUCUUUUUUGUAUGGAUUCUUGGGAUGAACUAAUAGCAAGAUUGGAUAAGAAUAAAACAAUUGAUAAAGAUUUACAAAAUAAAGUUUUAACUGAAAAAUAA